CAGGAAGGGGGAAUAAGGGAAUACGGGGGAAGGGCGCUGUGCAGUCUGCACCAGCACCAGCACCAGUGGCAGCAGUGGCACCAGACAACUCCGCAGGAGGCAGUUUCAGGUGGAUCUGCAACGAGCUGCAUUUGGGCGCAUUGUGGUGCUUUGGGUUCGCUGACACAAGCCCACAAAAUCAGUCACACCGAGUGUUUUCCAGCCUGCAGAUUUGUAUUUUCAAGGUCGAUUGCAAAGGGUUUUACGAACUUACCACCUUCGUCCUGAGUGCUCUGGGCCCUUAGGAGCAAAAACCCCUGGAGCUGGCAUCCAUCUUGCAGCCCAUUGAGCUGGCAAAAAAUAUUCUGGAAGCACUGACGGUUAGACGAUGUCUUACAAUCCCAGUCACUUGAUGCCCACAGAGUUGGUAGACCGAUGCAUCGGGUCAAAGAUUUGGGUCAUCAUGAAGGGCGACAAGGAGUUGGUGGGGACCCUUCGGGGCUUUGACAUGUAUGUCAACAUGGUCUUAGAAGACGUCACAGAGUAUGAGAUCACCGCAGAGGGGAGGCGAGUCACAAAGCUGGAUCAAAUUCUGUUGAAUGGAAACAACAUUGCAAUGCUUGUUCCGGGAGGGAGCCCUGAGUGAAAGAACAUUGACAAAGGACGGUGAUUGAUGCUCCAAACCAAAGGACGUGAGCCGACCUUAGCCUGUGCCCAUGAAUCGUAUUUCUGGGGUCAUUGAUACUACCGGAGUACUUUGCAAGUUACGAGGGGUUCAAAAGGGAAAUCUUAGCAGUGUGGCCAGCACGUCCCUUACGUAUCGGGGAGAAACAUCCCUUUCAAGUAAGGGACCCCACAGCCCUGCUUGGAGGCCAGGUUGCUCUUGGGAUGGUCCACUUCUCCAAGUGCAUCGAAGCAGACUUUCUCAGUAAAGUUCUCAGAAGUUCUCCGUCGUUCCGAUUAUACACGGAGCCAGAAGCCAUUUUCGUCAUGGACUCGGAUGUCCAUGUUGGGCAUUGAAUGAGAGGUUGCCAUGUUGCGAAGCUUCACUGGGUAUUAUAGCGUGAUUCCUGCAACCUUGACCACAAUUCGUUCAAAAUACUGGCUUCAAUAUGCGUGUGACAGACACAUCAUUAGUUGCUGCAAAUCGCAUAAAUAAUAC